UACUGCCUUGGACUCUUCACACUCAAUCACCAUGAUCUUUUCUCUCCAAAAACGUUUUGUAGAAUUGUGACUAAAAAAGGAGGAUGGUCCUGCUCUUCACAAAAUGUGUUUCCUGUGGGCUUUGCAAUUAAAGAUGUCUGCUCUAGGUGGGCAGUCCUAUUUCCCCUUCUUAAGCACACUUGCCUUUUCUCUCUGUUCUAGGUCUGAGGAGUGCCUCCCCUGACUCCUCUAACUAGUCUGGUGUCCCAAGUGCAGUGGAUGAUACAGUACUAUUGGUAUAUUGAAGGAGGAUUCAAUGGCAGGACCAGUUGGUUUCUAUCUCAGGCAGCAGAAUGUAUUAGGUGUGACCUGGCCUCACCCAAUAAACCAGGAAGUGUGGGUGGUGUAGGAGAAGGUGGCCCUCUAGAUAUAUGAGGUUCAGACAAAUUAGAGCUUUCAAAGGUCAAUACUAGGAUUUUCAAUAGGUGACUUUCUCUUUAUGUUUGGAAAUGGUCCUGUUUCCUGGGCCAGUUAGAAACAAAGAUCAGUAGCUUUGUCUUCCACAGCACAAAGCUUCUACUGCGGCAUGCAGAGAAUGGUCUGGAUUGGCCAACAAAAUUGCACUUCUUCAACAUUUAUGAAUUAUGCCUCUUUAUUCCUUUUAGCUCACUUAUGGUUCCUUUGCUCCAGAAGAUCCUGGUCAAAGCCAGUCUACUUCCUUCUAUAGGAUGGUGCCCAAUGAAGCCCAUCAGUACACUGGGAUUGUUGAGUUACUGCUGCACUUUGGUUGGACGUGGAUUGGGCUGCUCGCUGGAGUUAAUGAUAGCGGAGAGAGAUUUAUUCAGACCCUGAAAACUCUGCUCUCCCAGAAAGGCAUUUGCUUGGCCUUCUCAGAGACAACCCUGAAAAUGACACAUUUGACUGAGUAUUAUGUCUUGUAUUCCCACUUGAUCCAAAUCUAUCAUGUUAUUAUGGAAAGUGAAGCCAAGGUUGUUGUUUUCUAUGGAGGAACAACGUCCAUGGUUCGCUUGCGAACAAUGCUAGCGCUAGGUGAAAUGGAAAAUAUCAACAAAACAUCUGUGGGCAAGGUGUGGAUACUGACAGCACAGGUGGAUUGCACAACAUUGACCUAUCAAAUGAGUUGGGAUAUGCAUGUCUUCCAUGGUUCCCUCUCCUUUGCAGUUCAUUCAAAUGUGGUAAAAGGAUUUAAAGCCUUUCUUCAGGUACAGAAUCCUUUUGAGGCAAAUGGAAAUGGCUUUGUCAAGCAGUUCUGGGCACAGGUAUUUCUCUGUUUAUUUCCAAACUCCAACGCAGAGGAGCAGGUCAGUGGAACCUGCACUGGCGAGGAGAAGCUGGAAAACCUCCCUUCGUCUGGCUUUGAAAUGAGCAUAACAAGCCACAGCUAUAGCAUCUAUAAUGCAGUUUAUGCCACAGCACAUGCUCUACAUUCCAUGUUUUGGCCCUGGACCAAAUACAGGGCAGCGGUGGAAGGAGGGAUGCAGGAGCUUCAGAAACUGCAGCCUUGGCAGCUCCAUCCCUUCCUUAGGAGUGUCUCCUUUAACAACUCUGCUGGAGAAACGGUAUCUUUCAGUGAGAGCAGGGAAGUAGAAACUGGCUUUGAUAUUACCAACAUAGUCACUUUUCCAAAUAACUCCUUCAGGAGAGUCAAGGUUGGAAGACUGGGUGGGGAGGCUGUCCCAGGCCAGCUGAUUUCCAUUGAUGACAACAGAGUGGUGUGGCAUCAAAGCUUUCACCAGGUUCCACCGCUUUCACUAUGUAACUCAAAUUGCCCUCCUGGUUCCAGGAAGGAAAAGAAGGAGGGGGAGCCAUUCUGCUGCUAUGAUUGUGCUCCAUGUCCUCAAGGCAAGAUUUCAUCACAGAAAGAUAUGGAUGACUGUGUUGGGUGCCCCGAAGACCACUAUCCACACAGAGACCAAUCGCAAUGCAUUCCAAAGACCAUCAGCUUCUUGUCUUUCAAAGAGCCUCUGGGGAUGAGCUUAGCAUUGUUGGCUCUUUCUCUCUGUCUCCUCACAGUGGUGGUCCUGGCCAUCUUCAUUAAACAUCAGGACACACCCAUUGUCAGAGCAAACAAUCGGGACCUCACCUACACUCUCCUCACUUUCCUCCUGCUCUGCUUCCUCUGCCCAUUGAUCUUCCUCAGCCCUCCAGAAAGAGUGAGCUGCCUGCUCCGACAAAUGGCUUUUGGCCUUGUUUUCACAGUGACUGUUUCUUGUGUUCUGGCCAAAACGAUCACGGUGGUUCUGGCCUUUGUGGCCACCAAACCAGGAUCCAGAAUGAGGAAGUGGGUGGGGAAAAGACUGGCAAGCUCCAUUGUGUUUUCUUGUUCCCUUAUCCAAGCAGGCAUUUGUGCUGUGUGGUUAGGAACCUCUCCCCCAUUUCCUGAUUCCGACAUGCACUCUGUGAUGAGGGAAAUCAUUCUAGGCUGCAACGAAGGGUCUGUUGCCCUGUUUUACUGUGUCCUGGGCUACAUGGGCUUUUUGGCCAUUUUCAGCUUUGUUGUGGCCUUUUUUGCCAGGAAACUGCCUGAGAGCUUCAAUGAGGCCAAAUUCAUCACCUUCAGCAUGUUCUUGUUUUGUAGUGUUUGGGUCUCCUUUGUUCCUGUGUACCUGAGCACCAAGGGGAAAUACAUGGUGGCUGUGGAGAUCUUCUCCAUCUUGGCCUCCAGUGCUGGCUUACUGGGCUCCAUCUUUGCCCCCAAAUGCUACAUCAUUGUGUUGAGGCCUGAUCUGAACAGCAAGGAGUGCUUAAUAAAGAGGAAAUAGUAAAUGAGCAUAUCCUCUCUGUUUUUUGUUCUAUGAUAAUAUGGGCACCUGCAUCAUAUAAUUACCUUGCAUUUUAUGGCAGGUAUCCUUUGGAAAUCUAUAUUUAAAAAUUUGGCUAUGUGCCCUUAGUUACAUCUGAAUCAAUAAACUCUUUUGGAUAUAGUUUUUGUUCUGGACUUUGAGUGGGACAUAUAGCUUGAGUCACUGGAUUCUCCUUUCACCACAUUGUAUAAAGAGGAGAACAUCAAUAUAUUUAUAUGUAAUGAUGGAAGAAAAAUGCCCAAAAUAAUAAAUUGUCUUCAAAAAUCGCCAACAGAAGAAAAUGCCUGCUCACUUUGAGAAGGGGUAGAAGGAGUGGUUAUCCUCCAUGAACUUAGAAUAACAAAAUGAACACUAGACGAUAAGAAUUUCUAGCUUGUUUGUAUAGAAUCACAAGGAUUGCUUGCUCAAGCUAUAAGGCCCAAGUUUAGAAGCUUGGAACAUCCAGCUCAGACAUACUUUCUUGUUGGGGGGAAAAUAAUGAGUUUGUUAACCCUUCCUUUCCUGGAACAGGCAAUCUUGCCCUGAUUCUGAAGCAUUUGUCUGCAGAAUGCUUUCAUUCCCAGCAGUAGCUGGAGGAGGCAGCAGCUGUAGUGGAAUGGGGAAAGAAAGCAUCAUGCAUCAAGUGCUUGUUCUAGAAUCAAGGUGACCUCUGUAAAUCUCAGGAUUCUCCUGGACUGUCAGUAUUUUUGAGCUGAAUACAAUCACAUAUCAGCUAAUUCAGGUUCUGCAGUUAAAGGUGACUUGGAAAGGUGACUUGAAAAUGUUUGCAACACCCUCUAACCACCUGACAAAUGAAUCAGAAUGAAUACUAAAUGAACAGCUGGCAUUGUCUAACCACCCCACAAACUUUGUAGAAACGAAUUUGAGUGAAUAUUCAAAUAGACUAUCUUGAGAUGCCCUCAAAGCAAUAUUGGGCUGCUGGCUUCUCAUUCUUUUGUACUGUUAACAAAAAGAUCAAGUAAACAGUGAAUUGUGUACAUUUUAUGCAGUGAAAUUGUUCACUAUUUGUAACGGUUAAUGCACCAUGGGCAUAAUCUAGGAAGAGUUAGUCUUGGCUAAAGCUCAUUUAAAGUUAUGGAGUAUGACCCGGGCUACAAUUCUGAGACUGCUUUCUUGGAAGUAAGUUGCACUGAAAUAACUUUUGAAUAAGUAAGUUUUCAGCUGAGCUGCUGCUUUUAUUAAUAGCCAGUCUUAUUGAUUUCUGGUAUGUGUGUUUACCUAAAAUUCAGUGGAUAACAACAUUGGUCUUUCUACCAGGCUUGUUUUUAUAAGAUGGGAUGGGAUGCGUCCGAAUGAACAGUUUGGAGAAAGAACAUUUUGAACAUGAGUGAAAUUCAGCUCCAUUUUAUUAGGAAAUACAAUACCACCACACUUUAUUUGAAAAAAAUGUCAAACAAUAAGAUUGGUAAAUAAAAAUUAGAAUUAUAUUCCAUAACCUGCUUUGGAUACUGAAUACACCUGGGCAAUUGUAAAGUUUCAUCUUGAUACCUCAAGGAUGUUAAUUUAUCAUUUUCUGGCUAUUUGCUAUUUAAUUUUUAUUUACUACAUUUAUAUAUUGCCUCCCCAAUGAGUUCUCUGUAUGAUUUACAUAGAUACAGUCCUCCAGGCAGUCUACAUAUCUCCAACACUGAGGUUCUAUCAGAAACAUGAAUAGUGCAAUUUGCAACACGAUCCUUCAUUUUGGCAGGAAAAACCAGAAAAUUAUUUUGGGGUGGGUGGGUGGAAAUACCUGGAUAUUCUCAUACGAACCAUAGGAUGAACACUGCACUUUAAUUAAGUGCCAAUAUGGUGCAAUGGACAGACUAUUGGAUUUGAAGCAGGGAGUUCUGUGUUAAAAUCACUGUUUUUUUUAAAAAAAAGAAUGCAGAGGGAAAACAAAGAAGGCCGCAACCAAUAUAAUGAAAUAGGUGGCAUAUAUUGCUUGGAUAUUUUGAUCUUUCAGCCAUCAUUUGGCAAGAGGGCUGUGUCUCCAAGUGAAGCUCACAGCUGUUUGUUCUAUUUCCAGAACCUUUGCUCAGCCAUGAAGCUUAAAGGAUGGUUUUAGACAGGUCACUGAGCACAAAUGAGUGAAACCUUUCUGCUAUGAUGGUUCAAGCUUUCCUCCCCUUGCCUUCACUCCUCACAGGGCACACACAACCAUUCCCAAAUUUAAAUCUAUCUUUGGUGCUUUAAUUUUUCGACAUUUUUGUACUUGCUUUUGUUUGUUUUUUACUGUCAAAAAAUUGUUCCAAAAGGUGUGGGUGGCGGCAAGAGCUGCUUUUGUGACAGACACAAUCUGCACUGUGCAAUCCAGUUUCUGCUGAAAACCAGAAUAUCUAUCUGGUGGCGGGUGAGGAGUAUGGCAGAGGUGCUCAAAUUGUAGUAUGCGUAUUUCCAUAUUGGAGUUUACUUUUAAAUUAUGGUCUGUACACACCUUCAUUCUCGCCUAAGCUUGGCUCACAGAAUUCUCAGGAGAGGGGGGAUAAAAUGGGAUAGAUCCAGGAAUGUCACUAUGAGCUCAUUGUAGGGAAUGAAGCAAUGCAGAUCUGAUCAGAGCAGGAGAAGGAUCGUUUGAUCACUUGGCCUUUUUCAUAUGAACGAGUCUGCCACUGCUCAUAUGAAAGAGCUACUGUGGGGUAAUUUUCUUUAUUGUUGCAUUAAGUAUUUGUGACAUUGUUUAAUAAUCACAUAGAGGUAGAACAGGCAAAUUAAAGGGGGGGUGGAUGAGACAGAUCACAAAAGCAUGUAAGCAAAGAGAGGGGAAGCUAGAUCAACAGGAAGAAAACGGAAGAGUAAAAACAAGACGUGAAAUAGUGAGAUUGUAAAGCCAAUUCACACAUUCCUGGGAUGGCUGCUUGAAGUGUGUUGUGCUCAGUAUCUCCCUGCUUGUGGGGAGUAAGUAGUUUACACACAGUCCACAAACUAAACCCAGCAACCACAUUUACAUUGCUGGGCUAAGGCACUGAAAACAAAACCCCAUAGUCUUUGUGGUCUGUGCAGUGUUUUCAAGCAGGUUUCCAGUAGCUAACACACACCUGAGUCCAUUGGCCCAGAGAAUGGGAGAGGGAGGGAGAGAGAGAGAGAGAGAGAGAAGAAAGAAAGAAAGAAAGAAAGAAAGAAAGAAAGAAAGAAAGAAAGAGUGUGUGAGGUUGUGCACAUGCCAGGACUGAGAAGUUGAAGAAACAGACAAUAGGCCAACCCGGCACAGGGGUUAAAAAUAAGAGAAAUAUAGGGACUCCACAAAGUGACAACUGAGCAACUGAAAAGAAUGGCCAGGAAGGAAGAGUCAGCAAGAAAUAAAAGAACAGAGAUAAGCAUGUGCGGUUGAAGUGAGAGUUGACAAGCAUGCAUAAAGGGAGAAGAAAGGAGUGCAUGAGAGAAAGGAAGUCAGCAGCAAAGCAAAAAGCAUGGGAGAGCAAGAAAUGGAGUGACCCAAAGUUUCUCAUUUCAAUGAACUGGUCCUUACUCCAGAAUAUAAGAUAACCACAACAGUAUUCACAAAA